AUGUCGGUGUGCGAUUCUUCGGAAUCGACGUCGUCGUCGUCGUCGUCGUCUCCCGCCGCGAAUUGCAUUGAUUGUGUCAGAACAAGAAGCAAUAACGUGUUCGUAGUCGUUGUAAGGACCAUCGAUCAGUAUGUCCAACAACUUCCGCUAAUGGCCCUUGCUUUUCUACCAUUGAUCAGCGCCAUUUUGGGAUUGCGAUUUAUUAACCUCAAAAGUGUCAUUCAUUUUCAGCAGGGCACACUUGGAAAUUCGCCAUGGCGCGCCGCCACCGCUAUGACGAUCCUCUCAAUCCCGCCAUUCUUCAUCUGGUGCUUAUGCGCGCGCAGUCCCGCCGCGAUGUUCUUUCAAGCCGGAGCAUCGUUGGCUCUCGUGCUCACUACCAUCACCUCAUCGCCGAUCCUCCAUUAUCUGCCAUCGACGUCGAUCACGAAAUACUUUCAGCUGCGAUAUCUCUCAAACACCUUGGAAUUCCUCGCGACCGUGUUCCAGUGCGGUGUUCUGUGCUCGAUCACAGUCAUCCUGUUGUACGUGGCGGCUUCAUUCUUGUCGUCGAUCACCUCGCUUUCGAUCUAUCUGAUUCUACCACUCGUCGCUUACUUCUCAUUAUUCUCAGUGAUUUUCUCGGGACAUUCAUCCAUCAUGAACUUCUCAUUCAUCCUCCAUUUAUUGGUGACCAUCGCUGGAAUCUUGUUAUUCCUCUACUAUGCGAUUGAAGAAAUCCCAAAUUUCGAGGCAAUAGUCCCCGUUCAGAAAUUGAACAUUUCGGGAAUCAUUUCGUCGACGCUCGUCGGUUUCAUCGUCAAUUUUCAUCUCCUCAAUUCAAGCAUUCUGUAUCAGGUGUAUUCUCCGAUGCCGACAAUGCACAAACUACGAUUGACGCUAACAUUCUACGGCGUCUUUCAAUUAUUCAUCUCAUUCUUCGUCUUCCUCGUCGCCACAUUAUUCUUGAAUUUUCUCAACGACCAUUGCAAGUUCUCAAUGAGCUUCUCGUCGUUUUUCCAAUUUGUCAAGACUCUAACGACAUAUAAGUAUCAAGCAUUCGCGGUUUGCGCUUCAUUGCUGUGCAUUCUUCUGUUCUGCAUUCAAUGGAGCAUCAUGUGUUUCACAACGAUUGUCUGGGAAGAGUGCCUCGCGAAGAAGUUGCGCAAUUGGAAUCCGAUUCAGCAGUUGUGCUCCCUUCAGUUCGCCAUGCUCAUUUUGACGACGGCGCUCGUUGUGGUGACGGUCGCCGCGAAAUUGUCUAAGAUCCCAAUAGCCACCCAUCUGCCGACAAUUUCCUACGUCAUUUUCUCGGCGUUCGCAUUAUUAGCUGGAAUCAUGAUAUGCGGCUAUUAUUUCCCAUUCUGUAGCUCGCGCGGUGUCCUCGUUGCUCUCUUCUUGACGCUGAUGCUCACACUACUGAAUUUGACGAUUUACAUGCUCAACAAUACGCCGGAGACGUUCCAUAAUUCGUGCGUCGUUUUCGACGACGUCACCAACUCGACGACAACCUCGAGAUCGAUCAGUAUGGAUCGUGUGGUUUAUUUCGUUUCUCAUUUGCCACCACAAGCUCAACCGACGAUUUCCUUAAUAAUCUUCGUCGUUUCCUGCAUCUUCAUCUCAUUCCUAACCGGCGGUCAAGAUCAAAUGGGUCUCGACUGGAAUCUCAUCGCGUUCACGUGGGCGGCCUCUGUGCGAAGUCCAACGUCAUUCUCGAAACGACCAUUCGUCGACAGCGAAUCGUUCCGCUAUGCACAACAGCAGAAUAGCAAUCCGACGCCGAGUCCGGAUAUAAAUAUUUAUCGAUAA